AUGAGAAAUUCAUAAACAACUCCUAUGCGUAGAUCAAUUACAUUAUAAUCUAGGAUUAUGUAAAAAAGUGAAAGAACUCUUUUACCUUAAGAAGAUAUCUUGAAAGAGAAAGUGAAAUCUGAUUUUGCUUUAGGACAUUUUAGAGGUUUAAUGAGUAGAAAAACACCAUAAAAAGAGUUACCUAAAACUGAAAUUUAAUUAAAGAGAUUUGAAUAAUUUGGAAAAGCAAAUUAACAAUCUAAAAAUAAAAGAUUAACAUUCUUAAAAUAUGGAUUCAGAUCUCAUGAAAAGAAAAAUAAUUAUUAUCUUCAACCCUUCAUUCGAAAAGUUAGAGAUGCUGAAGGAGAUGUUGCAAAUGAUGGAUCUAUGGGAGUAGUUGAUUUAUGGAGUGAUAGAUGCAUAAAUAAAUUAAUGGAAGGAAUGCAUAUGACUAGAGAUAAUUUAAUAGUAAGAAAAAUGGGUAGAGAACUUAAUGAUAGUGAUUAAUAGAUGAAAUAAAAAUUAGAAGAAAGAAGAAUGAAAGAUAAGAUACUUAUAGAAUCUAUGAGAAUGGCUUCAUAAGAUACAGAUACAUUUGCUUUUAAAUUUCAAUUACCUUCGAAAAAUAAAAAAAUUGUUGAGCGUAUUGCUUAACCAACUAUUGUUAGUACACUAAGAAAUAAUAUCAGUCCGAAUGA